UAAACAGCCUCUCGGCCCAAUAGGAAAGAGACUCCCCGACAAAUGGCCCGUAAUAAACGGCAUCGUUUCACAGGCUUUCCAAGCUGAACCAGGAUCGGCCGAUUGGGAUAUUCUACUCUUCCUUCUCUCGUCGUAAACAUCAAUCUGAAUGAGAUCCGUCGCUUCUUCUGAUAAAAUUCCUCUGCAAAAUCUAAAUCUGGUUCGAUCAUAAAAGAGACCCAAUUUGUGGGAGUAGGAGAAGAACAUUCAUAGGGUACUGAAACGUACCUCUUGUCUAUAUUUUUUGUGGGAAGGAGGUCAAUCUUCGAGCUCUACAAUGGCGGAGGACUUAGUAUUGGACACGGCGAUUAGAGACUGGGUUUUGAUACCCUUAUCAGUAGUGAUGGUUCUCAUCGGAGUCCUCCGCUACUUUGUCUCUAAGCUCAUGCGUUCUUCCUCAGUACCCGAUCCCAAAAUCGUCAAAGAAGGGCAGGUGAUCAUCAGGGCUAGGAAUUUGAGGGCGGCCGCUAAUUUUAUUCCUGCCAAGUCCUUUCGUUCUCGUAAAGCUUAUUACAGCAACGAGGAAAAUGGACUGUUACAUGUGCCUAAAGGCCAAGCUCAAAAUGCCCAGGCCCAAAUGUUCUCUGAUCCAAAUAUGGCUAUGGACAUGAUGAAGAAAAAUCUCUCAAUGAUCAUUCCUCAGACUCUAACUUUUGCUUGGGUCAACUUUUUCUUCUCCGGAUUUGUAGCAGCAAAGAUUCCAUUUCCACUGACUCAGAGGUUCAGGUCCAUGUUGCAGAACGGUAUAGAUUUGAGUACAGUAGACGUCAGCUAUGUCAGCAGCCGCUCAUGGUACUUCCUCAACCUGUUUGGAUUAAGGGGUUUAUUUAGUCUCAUUUUGGGAGAGGAAAAUGCUACUGAUGACACACAGCGCAUGAUGCAAAUGAGUGGAUUUGGUUUUGAUCCUUCAAAGGUAUGUUUUUUGGCAUUUGAUGUUUAAAAGAGGAUAAUUAAUACUUCUGUGAUUCUUAAAAUUCCAAACAAUUCACUUGAGGUACCAGCCUUCUGUAAUGCAGCAGACUAACAGUUUUCGUAAUGAGCAAAGGGAGCUUAAUAUAGUUUUCAGGACUUAGAUUUUAGUAGUUUUCAUCAUGAAAUCACUCUGCAAAUCUGUAAAACAGGCACACUAGUGAACCCCCCCGGAAAAGACUUUGGUUAUAUUGGAUUUUUUAAGUGAGAUACUAAAUGAAAAGAAAGAACAGUUUACGAAACUUGUAAAAUUUGAUUUAUUUGUUCCUUUUGUUCAGAGUUUGGGUGCAGAAAAAGAUGGUCUAGAUAUAGUUCAGCAUGAAUGGGCAUUGCCGAAAUUUGAGCAGCGAGCGGAAGCUGUUUUAAGAAAACUUGUCAGUUAAAAUCAGUCAUCAAAGGAUUUACGUCUAUCGCGUUUGCAGCAAUGUCUCUUGGGGAGUGUAGUUUAUCUGCCAGAAGUUGAAUAGACCCUGUGAGAGAAGGUGAAGAUUUUCGUGUAAUAGAAGUGAGAUAAUUUCUUUAGGUAGUAAUAUGCUUCGUGAAUGUCUUAAUAUUGGGUUUCUGGAAUUUAAGAAUGGAAUUGGUAGAAUCAUGGUAUUGGCACUACCUUGAACAAAUGCAGUCUGCCUAUCAUUUUGGAGUAACUGGGCUUAAUUUUUAAUUGUCCAGAAUGAUGGACACCUGAUUUUCCUUUAGGUCCUUGUAUUUUAUUUCUUUGGACUUCUAAUCUUUACAUACUAGGUAAUUUCAUCAAAGCAAUAGGUUACAGUAAUCUUACCAUUGUGAAUCGCAUUUUCUUUUCUUUUUGAUUGCUCAAUGGUUUGAAACUGAGAAUGAAUUUACUAGUUUUAGGACAUCUUGGCAUCAUAGCAUGGAUGCAAAACAUGCAACAAGCAGAAGAAUUCCUGGGUGAGGGGACCCAAUUUUCUUUUGUGUUAUGCCUUUUUACUUCUAUAUAUUAUCUUUUGUAAAAUCAUGGUCAAUCAUACUGUCUUGAAACUUGAACCGUCCAUAGUAGUUGGUUCUGAACCCAAGCAGAAAACAGUGUUCAGAAAAGCCAUUACAUUCUGUUUAUGAACAUGAAAGUGUGUUUUACUAGGAGACAAAAAAUGAUUUGAAUGCUUGAUUGUUGGUGUUUUAGUUGAUCUUUUUAGAAUUCAAUGAGGUCACUUUAGGUCAAACUAGAAUUUGAUAUUUGAAUUGAACUGAGAAGAGGACCAUUUUCUUUAUAGCAGAGACUAAGGAGUAAGGAUUCUCCAGAAUUACUAUUAGUAGGACUGUCUAUGAUAAUGGCUAAACCGGACCAGGUAAUUUGUAAAUUGUCCAAAGUGGAUCAAAGUGGCGCAAUUAUCGGGGAUCUUUGAUUCUGUACAUUGUCUCCGACUUAUUUAGCCUGAAAUAUAUCAAUAAUUACUAGCAUCCUUUUAAGGAGACAUGAGAUCUUGUUUGAGAAUCAUGAGAUUAGUGAAAUAUUUCCAGCAAACAGUUUGCAGCUUUGCAAAUUAAUUUAGGAGAUAUUUGGGCCCUUAAGUGUUGUGAUUGAUUGUUAAAGACUUGAUUAUGC